UGCCGUUCUCUUUGAUCCAAGAGAGAAGAGAAAGAGGGAGGGGAAAACAAUCUCCUUUUUGCAAAACCAUCCUCUGCAUUCCUCUCCCUCUCUUCCUUCACCAUCUUCUCUUUCUCUCUCUACAAAACACCUACAUCCAGAGAGAGAGAGGGAGAAUAAGACUCGUAUUCAAACAACACCCAUGCAAAAAUGCUGCCAUUCCAAACAAUGGGGGAGGCCGAGGCGUCGCUUGGGAGGAACCUGACGUUUGCAGAGACAUUAUGGUUCAAAUACUCCGCCGACAAAUCGGACUACUUUCUCUAUUGCCACAACACCAUCUUCCUGUUCGUCUUCUACACUUUGCUCCCUCUGCCGUGCGCCGCCGCCGAGCUCCUGAGGUCCUACAAGGUCGACAGAUUCAAGAUCCAACCCAAGGUCAGGAACAACCUGUGUCGCAUGUUCAAAUGCUACAAGGAUGUCAUGACCGUUUUCGUCUGCGCUGUGGGUCCCCUCCAACUCUUCUCUUUCCCUGUGGUUCAGGCGAUUGGCAUAAGAACCGGAUUGGCAUUGCCAUCAGUAUCAGAGAUGUUCUGGCAAAUACUAGUGUACGUUCUUGUUGAGGACUACACAAACUACUGGCUUCACAGGAUGCUACACUGCAAAUGGGGCUACGAUAAGAUCCACAGGGUCCACCAUGAGUACACUGCUCCCAUUGGAUUUGCAGCUUCCUAUGCUCACUGGGCAGAGGUUUUAAUCCUCGGCUUCGCAUCGUUUCUCGGUCCCUUGAUCGUUCCUGGCCACAUGAUCACUCUCUGGCUCUGGAUGAUCCUGAGGCAGCUGGAAGCCAUUGAGACUCAUAGUGGAUAUGAUUUCCCAUGGAGCCCCUCAAAGUAUAUUCCAUUCUAUGGAGGAGCAGAGUUCCAUGACUAUCACCAUUUUGUUGGGGAAAAAAGUCAGAGCAACUUCGCCUCAGUCUUCACUUACUGUGACUCUCUUUAUGGAACUGACAAGGGAUACUGCUACCAUAAGGAAGUGUUCGGAAAGUUGAGGGAGAAAUCUGGAGGCAAAUAUGACAUUUCAAUGGAAGAUCUGAAAGCCGAGUAGGAGCCAUUUUUUCCGAUCUCCGUUUUGAAGAGUCCCGGUGCGUACUACUCUCCAUUCAAGAUCAAGAAAAGCCGAACAUAUGCAUUGUUUUACCAACUGCCUCGAUUUCUUGCAUAUCCAGCUAUGCUUUCAUUCUUUUUUUCGGGGGCAUUUUUGAUGUGUUGUGUAGAAAAUGUCGUAUAGAAAAUCUUCCCUCUUGGAAUAUACGCGUGUAUAACUUGCCUAGUACAAAUAGUUUUAUGACUUAUCGCGAUUGCAGUUUAUCAAACUUCAAAUGUAAAACAGUUUCUAACUUGUUGCAACAAUGAGCUAUUAUGUAAAGUACGUAGCAAGUACAAGUAGUUUACAUCAUUUCUGAAACCUACGAUGGUUAUUAUCAAGUUGUAAUCAUGUGAAAAGACGAUUGAGAGAAUGUUAUUCAUUGGAUUUCCAGAACUCCUCGAAAACAGAAUCCUCCAAAAGCAAAAAAAAUUAAGAACGCGACAGAGGCAGAGAAGCCUUUGCAGUUUAUGGCAUUGCAAACCAUACAUUUCCAGAAGAACUCCUCGAAAACAGAAUCCUCCAAAAGC